UCACUUUUCAACAAAAGCCCGACGAAUCCGAGCAAUUAGAGAAAUGGCAAGAACUUUGCAGCAUGGAGGUCAAAUGAUGAUUUACGUGUGGGCCAUGGAACAAAAGUACCGUCGAUUUGAAAAACAGGACAUCUUUGUUCCUUGGAACCGAUCCCUGUGUUCGAGACCAUCAUCAGAGUCAAGUCAAAAUAACAAUCAAGAGAAUGUCAAGACAGAAGGUAAAGAUCUAAUAAAAGCAGUUCAAAAUCAAACCAGUGUAAUGCUGCCUCUUCGACAGGAUGAGCACACAAUACUUCCAUAUAGAAGUGACAAUCAAACAUUGUUAGAAAAUUGCUGCCCCAGAAUGUCCAAAGAUCAAGAGUACCGACUUUACAAGAAUCUGGGAAAAUCCCUCCGUUCGUGGUUCUUCUCCAAAUCACUUGAUGAUGUUAUGAUGCAGACGCACAUCGAACGACUAAAGUCAAUGAAAAAUUCACCAGACCUAAUGCACACAUGGAGCAACUCUACCGUUAACAUGCAGCCUGUGGGGAAGUUGAGCACUUCAUCGCGGCACUGCAGUUUGGAAGCAGAUUGCCCAUCGCUGGUGAAGAGAGACAGUCUAGAUGAGGAAGUAUUUUCUGAAAAUCCAAGGCAUGAAGAAACACAAUGGUUAGAGACCAAAAAUGCAUUAAAAGAAAAAGAAGGCAGACUGCAAAGUGAAAUCCACAGACCAGACCUAAAUCCUUGUUGGACUAACUCUGUAGGAGACAGUCUUAAAGAAACACAAAGCUCAGAGUCAACAAGGUCUGCAAUUGAAAGUAUCAAAACUGUGGCUUUAGAUGACAAGCAAGAGACAAUUCCAGAUGCUACAGAAUUCAUGAGAUAUUAUCACGUCUUCAGGGAAGGGGAAUUGGUUCAACUCAUUGAAGAGAAUGUGCAAGAACUUCAUCUCCUCAGUUUCUGUUAUGACCAUGGCAACUGGUGUGUUAUAGUGGAAAAACAAUAAUAUGCAGAGAUUUUAACUGAAGUAUACAUUUUAAUGUCAAAGGUACUCUUGAGCCACUAUUUUAAUCACAGAUUGCAACAAAAUUGUUUUCAAUUUUGCUCACAUUAAGCACAAUAUAAAUACCAUUGUAUAAAAUUAUAUUUUAAACUAUGGAGUGACCAGAGGUACAGGAUUAAUGGUUUGAAAGUAGACAAAAAAUGCUGGAGAAACUCAGCGGGUGAGGCAGCAUCUAUGGAGAAAAGGAGUAGGUGACGUUUCGGGUCGAAACCCUUUUUCAGACUGAUUAAUAUUUUGGAUACAAGUGGGCACAAUUCGAAGGAUCUGAUUAAUGUUGGCACCACUCACUCAUUAAUGAAUGGGGAGACAAUUGAAAGCAACAAUUCUCUCCUCAUUGAUUGGUUAUUUUAAAGGGUGAAGCAGCAGAAGGAUUGCCACAAGGGUUUAAACAUUACCACCUUGCUGGAGCCAGGAGUCCUCUCAUACCUCUUGUUGUCCAAUACUUGCCCUUUUCCUGUUUCGACUCCCACAUGUGACCUUGCACUACUCCAUAAUUUGGUGGUGCCAUAUAGUGUGCUGUACUGCAUCACUCCCCCAACAUACUUUGUAUAAUCAUCCCGCCAAUGUGACUUGAUGUGCAGAGAUUCACAGCCAAGGUGUUUCCGUUAAUGUUCCCUGUUGCUGUGCUCACAGUGGGAUCAGAAGGGUAGUUAUGUUGGAUGCUUGCCAAGGGCUGGUCCCGUUCUACCUGAAGGUCUGUCAUUUGUCUCCCAGCUGCCAGGAAAUCUGGUGACUUCUGCCAGCCCAAAGAAAGUGGCAGGUAUGUAUGUACCUUGGAUCGACACAAAACGCUGAAGUAACUCAGCAGGUCAGGAAGCAUCUCUGUAGAAAAGGAAUAGGUGACGUCUC